AUGGUUGUGACUACGAGCGAGCCGUCAGAUAGCACUCUGCACUCCCUCUGGCAUAGCGCCUGCAAGGACUAUGCCAGAGAAACCGGAAUUUCGUUGCUCGAUGAGCGAUUCCCGAAAAUUAAAGGGCCUGAGGACCUGUCUCACCAGCUAGAUUCUGAAAAGGGCAAUUUUGAAGAAUUUCGGAUGAAAAAGCGGCCCCUCCUGCAUGCGAUGCAAUUGGUUUUGACACCCUUUGAAAACUGGGGUGACAUGAUCGCUGGUGCUGUCGCUGCAGCUUUCCCUCCGGCAUCGUCAAUCAUGGGGGCGAUGCUCCUUCUGAUCCGGGCGGCACGCAGAGUUAGUGACGCGUUUAACGUUCUCCUUGACCUUUUGCACAGGAUGGGCAAUUUCGCUCUGCGUCUGGAGUCAUACAAAGGGAUCACUCUCAGUGAAGGGAUGAAAACAAUCAUUGUGAAAGUAUCGGUAAACUUACUUAAAAUUUGCGCUGCGUCGCAGAACCUCUUGAACCAAGGCUCACUCAAGGCAAGAAUUUCAAAGUGGGCAAAGAAUAUACUUGUUGAGGAUACGUCAAUUAGAUCCUUACUGAGUGAGCUUGAGGAGCUGACAAGCCAGGAACACAUGAUGGUUUCUGCUCAUGGGCUCAAUCUCACCCAUCAAGCUCUGAGAAAUAUUGAGGAAUUGAUCAAUAGGGACGAUCGUAGAAACGAACGUGAGAGGCUGGAAAAGGUCAAAGCGGCAUUGGACCCAGUUUCUGCAUCUGGCCAGGUCCUCUCUUCCAUCACCCAGAAUUGCUUACCGGGAUCUGGCAGCUGGAUUGAAAAUAGGCUUCAAUCUUGGUGGGAAGGAUCUCAACCGCUCCUCUGGCUUCACGGUGGCCCUGGGGUAGGCAAAUCCCAUCUGGCAUCCAAAGUCAUCACCGCCCUCUCGACCGGGUCAUUAGCGACUUCUGCACCCGUGGUUGCAUCUUUCUUCUACAAAAUCAAUGAUGUCGACCUACGCUCCCUCAAUAAAGCCCUGCGAACCCUCGCAUGGCAGGUGGCCACGCAACAACCCAGGUUUGCGGUACAUGCCGAGGAGUUCUGCAUGAAAGAAGACCCAGGGAACAACUUCGUUCUUUGGGAGAAACUCUUUUAA